AUGGCGUCUGGGCCUUCGGCUUCGGUCUUUUCUCUACCACUACCGCCAUGGCUCCAGCCAUCUGGCACGCGUGUCUCUCAAUAUGAUCGCCAGAAACGCAGUGCAAAGUGGAGUGAAGAUGAGCUCGAUGGCGAAGAGUCUGAUUUCGCCUCCGCUACGGAAUCCGAGCCUGCCGGGCCACCAUUGGUGUUGACGCCAAAUGAGUCUCAUCAAUACCGAAUUGCCGGUUUCCCCUACCACGCUGAGCUACCAGGAGGGAAUUUCCCCCAUCAACCGGUCAAGGAUGAAACUGUCACAAAGGUGAAAGCUUCAGGUCAUCUCAAAGCCUUGGCGAAUCUUUCGCCUCCUAUUUACCCUCCCCACUCUGUUCAGGAAGGCAAUAUUCGCUUUCAGCAUCUAGGUGUAUUGACAACAAUCUUACACCGAUGUAUGCUCCAAGGUGACUAUGCCCGAGCUGGAAGGGCAUGGGGCCUGAUUCUUCGCGAAGAAUACAGAGGAUUUCGGAUGGAUGUCCGCAACGAAGCAAGGUGGGGAAUGGGCGCUGAAAUUUUGCUGCGGCGAGAUCAACAGGUAGCGCCGACUAGUUCUGGUGCCAGCAAGGCCGAUGCUACAGUCGCAACACCCUUGACGUCUACCACCAAAGGAUUUGCGGAGGCCAAAGAAUAUUAUGAACGACUCAUUCUCAAUCAUCCAUACAUGAAAUCAUCACCACACUCCAUAUCUUCUUUACACUUCUAUCCUGCAAUGUUCGGGCUCUGGGUGUAUGUCAGCCAGGAAGAAAGCAACACCGCAAGGAAAGAUAUUGCUACUCGCCAAGACGAAUCUGAUGGAUUUUCAGACGACGAUGAUCCAGAGGCUGAACUUGAGCAUGGUCAGACGCCAAAAAAAAAGGCUGUUGCCGCUAUUUCUAAGGUCAGGUCACGAGAGUUAGAGCAGGCCCAGCAAAUUGCUGCACGAAUGGACCAACUUCUUAGUUCCCCCCCGUUCUCUGACUCCCCCGAACUGCUGGAGCUUAGAGGAAUGGUAUCACUCUGGAUUGGUGACUUAUUCGUAUUCGCACUAGCAACACCCAUUGAGGAAGAGAGUGACGAUCCCGAUCGGAUGCUUAUGGACGAGGCUCCAGGUUCUCUUGAAGCGAGACGCGCACACAGGGUUGCAACCGAGAGAAAGACAGCAGAAGUCCAGAAGUCUAUUGAGUUUUUCGAAAAGGCAAAGAAGCGAGGAAGAAGUGUUGCCUACAAUUUGGAAAGUCUUCAUAUCGAUGAUGGCGUUUCAGUUUAA